CAGUAGUUCUAGUUGCUUCACAUCACAGUCGCUGCACCAUAGGGCUAAAUGCCGGUGACCCAUACUAGUAUAUACAAGAAUCUAUAAAAUUAAGUAUCUGUCCUGUUUGGUUGCACGCUAAUAUACACAAGAAUUUAUCGUAUUCCACGCUGCAACCUAUUUAAUUAUACGGUUCUACGGAAAGGUUCGUAUUUACUUUUCUGUCCCAGAUAGACAGGUAUAUUUAUAAUAAAAUGAUAUAUUGAUUUCUUGAUCAAAGCAAUGAAUCCGCUCGUCUGGUUGAAAUCGAUUUCGAUAGAAAUGUUCAUCGUUUAAAUUUUUCAUCCGUUCGCGCUCUAAUAUCUAAUCGAGAGUUGUAGUCGAUUCGAUAAUCGAUUUGUACGAAACAUUCAGCUUUUGAACCUAUUCAGUGCUAUAAAAAGGACGUUCAAGUGUAUUUCGGCAAUGACUUCUUUCUUCGGCUAAAUUAACAAGAAUAUGGUUCACGAUAUUGUUUCGCAAACACAAAACGGUGUUUUAAAAACGAAACGCGUCUAAGAAGAUCGCUAUUAUUUUGAGAAAGUAAAGGGUUAGACCGAAGAUUUUCAAGACUUUUGUUGAUGAAAUUUUGAAUCGAAGAUGAGCUGCGAUUUGUUACCAGAAUGGCUGAAUCUUUUCUUGGACGACGUAGAAACUACUUUAUGUUUACCGAUAUUGAUCAUCAUGGUUCUUUGUACCGUUCAAUUUAUAAUUAAUCACGCUAUGGACAUUGGACUCACCUUUUAUCAAAAUGUAAUGCAAAAAUCGGAUGAAGACGCAGGGGAAGCUGGAAAAGAAAAGGGUGAAGAUUUAAUGAGCAGGAUCAGAGGGUUUUUAUGUGAUAUCUCUUGUGGCUUUAAUAAUUCUGAUCCGAAACCGGAUGAUUAUCCAGCAGCAUCGUUGUUUAGGUCAAACUCACAAGAAGAGGAAUGGGAUUAUUGCGAGGAAGACGACGAAGAUAAGUGACGAAUAUGCAUCGCAGGAAAAAUUACGAGCUUAAUCGAUAAGUACUACAGUGAAACUUUUAUAAGCAUGCAUCCUAAAAACGUUGAUUUCGAAGUGGUACUAUAUUAAACUCAAUAAACGAUAUAUGAAAACUAAUACGACGAAAUUAAUAAUAAAGAGGAAACGAGAAUAGGUCAGAAUUACAGAAAGUAAUUUUUUAUUACUUGUUCCUAACUUUACUUUGGAUUACUUGAUUUUAAUUUAGAGAUUCUAUCAUUUUAUAAAAAAUAAAACUUCUCAGUUACAUGUAAACGAAGAAACGCGGUAUUUUUUUUUUUAUACUGUGUAGAGAUGCUUACUGUUUCCUUUAUUAACAUUUUAUUACGUCGAUUUAUCGAUAACCUGUCGGUUCAAGGGUUCAAAACUACAAAAAAUCAAGUCCAAGUUGUGAUUGUUCGAUACUUUUACUUUGUCUCUCUUUAAUGAAAAUUUAGUGAAUGUCAAGAAAGAAACACGCGUACAAACAGCGUAUUUGAACACUCGUUGAGCCUCGAUCCAGCUUGCCGAUCUAGGGACAUAUCUCUCAGCAUAGCGAUUCGCACGGAAAAUUUAUCUGCAAGACUGGGUUUGCUUCAGUACGAUACCGAUGAUGUUCCUUUGAAACAUUUCAUUCUCUUUUGCUCAUUUUCCACGAUAAAUUUCACCGUUCGACCACUCACUUAUACGAUAGUUUUAUUCGUACACUUGCUUAUUCGACUUUGUAUUAAAAUUAAGCGGUGUUCGAAGUUCGAUUAAAAUGAG